CCUUCCUUCCUUUCGACUUGUCAUUUUCUAAUAUUAUCCCGAUGACUUCUUAGAUUCUUAUUCCACUUUAUCUAUUUUUUGUUUUGAAUUUACAGGCAGACAUAUUUUGAGUUGAAUUUGAUUUAUGCAUAUAAAAUUUCUAUUUUUGAAUUUGAUUUAUGCAUAUAAAAUUUCUAUUUUGAGGCGUUGGAUUAUGUGAGCCUGCUGUUAGGGUUUUUGUACAGUUGUGUUUUAAGAUUAUUGUCUGAAAUUUUUAACUCCUUGAAAACGGGAAUAGAAUAUUGCAUUCAAGUGAAGAAAAGGGGUGAUUGGUUUAUUAGUGGAAUUAGCGAAACUUGAGUUUGACAGAUUUAACAAUGGACUUACAAAUUAGAAAAAAGGGUUCAAAGAACGGGUCAUGAUUUUCCAGUAAGGAUUGUCCUGAGAAUGUUCUUUUUGAAAAUCGUCUGUCAUCUAUUUUGGAUCACUAGUUUUUAUUAAUGAUCAUGAGAGAUAGCUGUAAAAGAUGGGUCAAGAAGAUUGGCUGAACAUUCUAAGCAUAGUUUUUUCUUUCACCGAAACUCAGCAUCUAGAUCAUCUAGAUGCCUACAAUAUGGACUUUGUGAUUAAAUCAAUUGUCUUUUGGCUGCUGAAGCAUAGUUAAUUUUUGACCACAUUUAACUAUGAAGUGUAAACACCGAUUCGAUACAUAUAAAAGCAGUUAACUUGAAGGGUUAUAACUAACAAUGAUGCACAAGAAAAUCACCAAACAUAUACACUGCAAGCAAAAGAUUAUAUUGUUAGGGAGACGGGGUUGAUAUAUUUCGUACAUAUAUUGAGAGAAUCUUGGAGGUAACGCGCAUAGCAUGGCAGAAACUGCUUCAGAUUUACGUGAGGGGCUACUGGUGAAGCACAAAGAAGCGCAUAAUCUGGUCAAUUAUGAUAGAGAGAAUAGCAGGAUGGUAAUUAAGGAGAAAGAGGAGCCCGAAGUUUUGCAUGAUGGGCUUAGAUUUGGGCAAUUCAUGUUAGCCGGCUCUGUUGCUGGGAUGGUUGAGCAUACAGCCAUGUUUCCUGUGGACACAUUGAAAACUCGCAUGCAAAUGCUGGCUAGUUCAGGCGGUUCUGCUCAUUCAGGUGUGGGUAAAGCCUUUAUGUGUAUAGUCAAAUCCGAGGGGGCCCUUGGGCUGUAUAGAGGUAUUGGAGCAAUGGGUUUAGGAGCUGGACCUGCUCACGCUGUGUAUUUUUCUGUAUAUGAGGUUUGCAAGGAGAAGCUGGGAGGCAACAGGCACGGUCACCACCCUUUUGCACAUGCUAUGUCUGGAGUACUAGCUACUAUUGGAAGUGAUGCAGUGUUUACACCUAUGGAUGUGGUGAAACAGAGGUUGCAAUUGAGAAGCAGCCCUUACAGAGGAGUAGUGGAUUGCAUAAAGAGAAUUAUGAAGGAAGAGGGUUUUAGAGCUUUUUAUGCAUCCUACCGGACUACUGUGGUAAUGAAUGCUCCUUUCACUGCCGUUCAUUUUGCAACUUAUGAGGCGGUCAAGAAAGUUUUGAUGAAAUUUUCUCCAGAAAAUGCAAGUGAAGAGCACCUGCUCGCUCACGUCAUUGCAGGUGGGGCAGCUGGAGCACUAGCAAGCGCUGUGACAACGCCACUUGAUGUGGUCAAGACCCGGUUGCAAUGCCAGGGGGUUUGUGGUGCAGAGAGAUUCACUAGUAGCUCAAUACUCAAUGCUGCACAGAAAAUAGUAACUAAAGAGGGGCCUGCAGCUUUGAUGAAAGGAUUGAAGCCUAGAAUGCUGUUUCAUGCACCUGCAGCAGCCAUUUGCUGGUCUACAUAUGAAGCAAGUAAAUCCUUCCUGUAUAAUAUAAAUCAACCGACUUAAAUUUAGUUAUGGACAGAAAUAGCAACUAAAGGAUCUGCAAAUUUUCAUGAGAGGUAGAAUAUUCUAUUGGGACUUGAAGCAGCCAUGUGCUGGUCUUCAUAAAAAGCAAGUAAAUCCUUUCUGCAUAAUAUGAAAUUUAAAUCAAACAACUUAAAAACUAGCUAUAUAGAAAAAAAUAUCCUUCUGUUUAAGAGGAAUCCUGGAAAAAUAAAUAGGUCAUCCCUUCAUUGACCUCUCAGUCAUAGGGAACCGAAUUAUAAAAUUAUACUUCCCGUUCAAAUUUUUAAUGUAUGCCUAUUGAUCUUUAAGCACACAAGGGUAUUAAAACAGCUUUGAUGAUAAUGAGGAUUUUCAGUGAUGGACAAUCAUAACUUAUUCCAUGGCAAACUAGUGUUUUAUCCAUUUUACCGAAAACUUCAUGAAAGUUGACAGGUGUUGCAGUUGAAGGUAUCCAUUUUCCUCUCAUUUGUAAAUUCCUUACAGUAAUAUAAUGAUAUGGAAUUCCAUGCUUAUAAGAGUUUGAUAUGGAGAAAAGAAGUUUAAAUCACAUUAUUGAAUAUAUUAUAAAGCUAUUGAGUAUGGGCUUUGCCUCCAUUUA